ACUAUUUGCGAUGGCUCCGUAGUUUAAUAAAAAUACAUCGUUUUAUAAAUGACAGGUCGGUGGGCAUAACUAUCGUAUACAAAUAUAAUGACAGGUCCAUAGGCAUAGCUAUCGUAAAAACAAUAAAAUGACAGGUCCAUGCCCUGGUGCCUACUGUGGACGAUCUCCUUUGGGAAAUGACACCUGGAGCAGUUGCGGGGUUUGUCCCCGAGGAUCCCGGGUGAACCAAAGCUACGCUUGCUCUCCCUGCCGCGACGAAUUAACCACGUACUCUUGGCUCUAUCUAGGAUUUAUGACCAUGCUACCGCUUAUGAUGCACUGCUUCUUUAUCGAUAUGGACGCCAAGGAUCGCAAGUUUUCCCGAAAGCAGCUGAUCCUUACGGCUAGUGCCUUUGUUGAGGUUGCCUUGUCUGCCAUCCUGGCCACUUUGUUCAUGGAGCCCAUGUGGGAGCUACGCCUUUACGCCUGCGAUGUCCGGAAACUUACCGACUGGUACACCUUGUUCUACAAUCCCAGUCCUAAUUAUGAGGCAAGGGUCUACUGCACCCAGGAGGCAGUAUACCCAUUGCAAACCAUUGUGUUGGUCUUCUACUUUUUGUGUCUGGUGAAUAUGUUUCUCAUCCGCCCACUAGUCAGCAAAGUAAUGGAUGUGGGGGGCAGGAGCAAAGCGCCCAUUUACUCUGCCCUAUACUUCCUGCCCCUCCUCACUUUUAUCCAUGCAUUAGCAUGUGGGUUGAUCUAUUAUUCGUUUCCCUACCUUAGCGUGGCCAUUUCAAUGAUAGCUAAUGCUAUCCAUUAUUCCUUGAAACUAGACCAAACCCUGAAGGCAUUGGUUCACUCUUCGGUUUGCGAGCUGAAAAAUGUGGUUAUUAUAGCUGUUCACUGGAUGCUGUUGGCCUACGGCAUCACAUCUCUAAACUACCACUAUGCAUUUAUGUGCUUGGUGCCUUUUCCCACUCUCUUCUAUAUCCUGACCGUGCGCUUCACGGAUCCGGGCGAAUUUCGCGAGCUGGAGUCGAGAAUUUGAUGCGGAAACGUGAAAAUGCGAUUUUAUUACGCCCGAGAAACUCGACGACCGACUGUUGUUAUCUAUGUGUAGUGUGCGCGUCGCUUAAUUUAUUUACAUUUAGUGCGUAGUUUAGAGUCAGACCUAUUCCGAUUUCUCAUACUUUUGCCGAGCUCGUUCAUAUGUAAUUUGGUCUUUCAGAUGGAAUGGUUCUGUCAGUCCCUUCUAAUGAAGGUAUCUUAACUUAUUUAGCAAAACAUCGCAAAAAUAUUGUGAAAAUAGAACUCGGAACAGGUCCUUUAGUGUAAUCGUCGUAUAGCCUUAUUCCAUUCAUCGUUCUUUUCGUUUUAAUUAUAUUUCACAUUAAUUAUACACAUAUAGUAAUAUUAAAUACAAAUCAUCAGUUUCCCA